AUGGAACAGGUCGAACAAGCCGAAGCCAACACAUUUGAUGGCAAGUCUGACAACAAAUUACGCUUCAUGGCUAUCGUCGAGGUACCAGUUUUAGAUCUCAAGACUGGAGAAUCAGAACAGGGACGUUAUUGUCUUGGUUGCAAGAAUUGCUACUCCAGCCAGUCACAACACUUUCGGCGCAGAUUCAACGAACAUACAUUGCAAGUACACAUCAAGGAGUGCGGCCCUAUUGUGGACGACAAGAAUUAUCCCAGCUACAGGGGUGACAAGAUGCAUCGAAGUCAAUGA